AUGUUAUCUGUUUAAGUGGCAUAAAAUGUUAUUGAAUAAAAAAUAUAAGCAAUCGAAACAUGUUAGAAAGAUAUUUAAUAAGAAAUAGAAGUAAUUUGAUUGACUAUUAUUAUUAUAGGUAUCCUACAAAGGAAUAAAUGAUUUUAUUGAUAAAUUAUUUACAUCUUCUGAUUAACAUAUUGUUUUAACACCAUAAUCUACCUUUAAUAUUAAAUUUAAAACUUUAGAAAUCCCUUCUAAUCUGAAAAUAUAAGAAAAUGAAUUAAUUUAGGAAAUUAGGCCAAUAGUUAAGGCCAUAGUCUAGUCAGAAGUUUAGAAGAAGGAAGUAUUGUUGAAUCAAAUAUAUUCAUAAAUUGAAUUAGUUUAAGAAAAAUCAAAUAGUUAUGAAGAGAAGUUAAGAGAAUAUGAGUCAAUCAUUUAGAUUAAGGAAGAAGAGAUUUAAUAAAUUUAAAUGAGAUAAUAAUAAUAAUAGAUAAUAGCUCAAGGUCAAUUUAAAUAGAAUCUAAACUCAUUUUAAUUCUCAUUUAUGGAGGCUAUUUCUAUUAAAUAAGAUAAUUGGUGUUGUGCAAUAACUAUUAAUGAGGAUAAUUCAAUUGUUAUAGCAGGGUGUGAUAAUUAGAUUAAAGUUUAUGAACUUAAAUCAGGGAAAUUAAAUUAAAUAUAAAUAUUGAGUGAACAUUCAAAAAGAGUGUUUACAUUAAACUUCAUGAAAUAAUCAAAUCAUUUUGUAUCGGGGAGUGAAGAUAAUACAAUAAUAAUAUGGUAGAUGAAUUAAAAUAAUUUAUGGACUUGCUAAUAGAUUCUGAAUGGACAUUCUAGUUAUAUUUGUUGUUUAUUAGUGAAUAAUAAUGAAGAUCUUAUUAUUUCAGGAAGUUAGGAUAAAUCUAUUAAAUUCUGGGAUAAACAAAAAGGAUGGUUGUGUAAAUAAAUCAUAUAUGAUCAUACUAAUUGGGUAUUUUCAUUAAGCUUGAAUGAACAGUAAGAUUUGUUGAUUUCUUGUAGUGAGGAUUCUAAAAUAUUAAUAAUUGAAUAAUCAUAAAAGGAUAAAAAGUGGAAGGUGGUUUAAAAGAUAAAAGUAGAUUAAUUUGGAUAUCGAUUGUGUUUUAUAGAUAAUUAUUAAUUCGUAUUCUAACCUAGAGCUAACGAUUAAUUGCAUAUAUAUGAAAUAAAUGAUAAUAAAUAAUUUGUCAAGGCCAAGCAAAUUCAAGUAUAAACUAGAUCAAAUUGUUGUUAUUGUUUAUUUCCAUAAUAAUACAUAAAAUUGAAAGGUAUCUUAGUGAAUAAAAAUGGUGAUAAAAUCAAUUUCAUAAGAAAGAAACUAUCUGGAGAGUUUAUCGUUGAAUAAUAUAUUGAAUUAGGUAAUUGUCAUCUUUAUGGAUCAUUGAGUGAUGAUGGAGAGUAUUUGAUCACUUGGGAUUAUAGUUCUAAGGAGAUAUAAAUAAGAAAGUGUAAUGAAAAAUGA